UCUGACGCGCGCUCUGUUCAGUCACCGCCACCACCGGAGCUCCAUGCCUCCGCGACUCCUCUUCCGCCGCCUCCUCUCCACCGCCGUCGCAGCCCGCGCUCCGGAGGCGAGCUCCGCUGCCGCGCCGAGGCCGACCGACCCGGCGCUGCUCCUCCGCCUCUGCACAGUCCUCUACCAGCACCAGAACGCCCCGGACGCCGCCCUGCAGCGCCGCCUCUCCGCCCUCCCACUCCCAUCCGCCCCCGCCGACCUCCGCGAGCUCUUCCUCCAGACAUCCGCACGGUUCCCGCUCUCCUGGCGCCCCGUGCACCGCCUCCUCGCGCACCUCACCGCCCGCCACGGCUUCGCGCACUCCCCAACCACCGCCGCCCGCUUCCUCGACGUCCUCGCCAAGUCCAGCAACAUGGACCUGCUCCACUCUACAUUACUCUCCCUCCCUCCGGAACUCCUCUCCGACGCGGCCCUCCGCGCCGCCAUCCGCGGCCUCGCCCCCGCCCGCGAGGUCGACAAGGUCUCGGCCCUACUCACCCUCUUCCCAGAAUCACACCGCCCCCGCGUGCUCGACUUCAUCACCGAACUCGUCUGCUCCGUCUGCAAGCUGCCCGACGUGGCCGAGAAGGUGAUCAAGCAAGCCGAGCACCGGUACGGCCUCGCGCGCAGCAGCCGAUGCUGCGACCUGCUGGUCGUCGCGUACUGCCGCGCGGGGAUGUUCGCCGAUGCCUGCAGCGUGUGGAACGGGAUGGAGAAGCGCGGGAUCGAGCCGGGCGCAGCGGCGUACGAGGAGAUCGUCGUCACUCUGUUCAAGAACAACCGUUUCGCCGACGCCAUGAAGGUGUUCGACGGAAUGCGGAAGCGGGGCCUGUCUGCCGGCGGUGGCGGCGCGUGCUACCGCGCGGUGGUUUCGUGGCUGUGCAAGGAAGGAAGGACCUGGUGCGCGUUCAUGGUGUUUGCCGAAAUGGUGAAGAAAGGGGUGGAGGUGGACGGAGAGGUGCUGGGGGAUCUGGUGUAUGGGCUCUUGGCGAGGAGGAGGGUGAGGGAAGGGUACAAUGUUUUCCAUGGUGUCAAGAAGAAGGAUAUUUCACUGUACCAUGGGAUGAUGAAGGGUUUGGUGAGGAUCAAGCGAGCUCGAGAGGCAACUGAGGUGUUCAGGGAAAUGGUUGCCAGUGGGUGUGAGCCAAACAUGCACACCUACAUCAUGUUGCUUCAGGGGCACUUGGGUAAGAGGGGCAGGAAGGGCAGGGAUCCACUGGUCAAUUUUGAGAGCAUCUUUGUUGGUGGAUUGGUGAAGGCAGGGAGGACAUUGGAGGCGACUAAGUUUGUGGAGAGGACGAUGUGGGGUGGAGUGGAUGUGCCGAGGUUUGACUACAAUAAGUUCUUGCACUACUUCUCGAAUGAGGAGGGAGUGGCGAUGUUUGAGGAAGUUGGAAUGAGGUUGAGGGAAACAGGGCAUGUUGAUCUUGGGGACAUUUUUCUAACCUAUGGCGAGAGGAUGGCCACAAGGGAUAGGAGGAGGAGAGCGAUGAGUGGGCAUCCUUGUGAUGUGUAAUGUCAUAAAAUUGUAGAUGCUGUAGUUUGGAGGAACAGACACUGCUUUGGCUCUCUUUGGUCUUGGUAAGUGAUCUCUUCAGAGGCAUGGUUUGGUCUGGUCAACAAUAGGUUCUACAUAUGGAUGGGGUCAUGCUAUUUUUAAAAGGAUAUAAGAAGAACCACCCUAGAAGGUAGCCUUGACAGAUCAACAAGCUUGUCGUGUUAGCAUUAUUACGAUUCCUUCUACAUAUUCUCUGCUCCUCCCACUCAACAUUUUUUUUCUUUUAGGCACUUACUAAUUGGUAGCACUAGUCCGUGACAAACCCACAUCCUAUUAUCUUCAUGAUAUUAUUAGAAUCAAGAACAAUGUCCAAGAUUGAGCAUGCCAAUUGAAGUAGAGUCCAUGUUGCAAUAUGACAACCUAGAAAUAAAGCCACCACUUAAUUACAAGUAAAAGGUAGAAUGUUAUGCUGGUAAGAAAUUACUCAUUACAGUGUUGAGGGUAUCCAUCUAAUAUGCAAUCUGUAUUUGACAAUUUUGGAAUGUUCUUUGAAUCAAGAUUUUGAAACGGUUCUUCAAAAUAAAAUAUCUGAAUGAGCAGACUAUCUUGAACUAGGAAUAUUUCAAGUUCAAAUUUCAACCUACAUACUCCCUCCA